AUGCUCCCGAACGGCGCAGCUCUUUAUUUCAAGGGACGAUUAGCGCCGAAGCUUGGGCUCAAGAGCUGCUUCCCCAUCCAUGGUCGCAUGCUUGACGCACCACCCAUCGUCAAUCGCAGCUUCAUUGUCUUCAUCGUCGAUGCGGGCAGCGACGUGACGUGGUACCACCGUGAUACGGCGCGCAACAACCAUCGCACGUCGCAGAGAGCCAUGGACGACACUGCUGCCGCUGCCGCCGCCGCCGCCUCCGUCUCGACCGCACGCGCCGACGAGCCGGAUUCGAGAAACAGCCUGCGACACAUCCUGGCUGCCGAACCCGCCAUGGACGACGCGCGACCGUCUCCCUCACCGGGCGACACGCCUGCGCCCGACGACAGCGAGAAUGCAGAUGCGCCCGACGGCUCCAAGACAGCCGGCGACAGCGAUGGGGCGCGCCCCUACUACACAUCGACCACGACAACGACGCGCCGCAAUGCGAAUGGCAGCGUGUCGUCGGUAUACAGCGGCAACAAGAUCAAGCACCUCAAAAAGGACGAUGGCAUCCCGCUGUGGCGCAAGGACAUCCAGUACGACUUCCUCAAGCUCGUGUUUGAGGACGACAAGACCGUCUUCACCAAGCAGUCGGACCCGCAGGCCGGGCCCAUGCACACGUUUGCCGACAUCUACCUCGAUGCCAUGGCCAAGAGCAGCAAGUGCAGCAAGAUCCUCAAGGACAAGCUGCUGACGGAGCGCCCUGCCGCCGUCAACAUGGCCAUGGUGUGUCUGCUGGUCAACGUGGGCCGCAUGAACACGACGCUCAACUUCUUCCCCGAAAUGCGCGCCCAGCUGCGGACCUACCACUCGAUCCCCUCGCUGCAGGCCCACCAGGACCCCAACGCUUACAAGCAGCUGCAGGACGCCCCGCGCCUGAAGUCGAUCCUCAAGGGCGCCACGGAGGAUCAGGAGCAGCCCAGCACUGUCGACGAGAUCAUGCAGGCUCCCAUACCACGCACGAACCCCGUCAACCUCAUCUUCGUCCUUUCUCAAUAUGCGCCCAAGAUCUCCGAGCUGCACUUCUUCCCUCCCCGCGACUUCUUCGACCUUGUCAUGCGCUCCAAUCUCAGCAGCAGGAGCCGCGCGACUGCCUUCCUGUGGCUCAUGUGGUGGUAUCUGGAGAGCGACUUCACCAAAGAUGCUGCCGAGCGCAAUCCCUUUGGACCGGGACAGUUUGGCCCUGCGGACGACCCUAUCACGGCCGAGAAUCCGCUCAAGUGCCCACCCUUUGACUUUCUGACCCCCGAACAGGAGGCCGAAGAGAAUGUCGAUACCCCAGACGAGAAGGUGUUUGGUGAGAUUAAGCGCAAGGAGAGGAUAGCAAUUCUGGCGAGCGACAUGGCCCCAGUGGUGACGGGGCCGAAGCGCACAAACAAGAAGAUAUUCUCCGUGCUUGCCGAUGAUGGCGCAUCCACCCCAGGACGAGACAGGCAGUCGCCUUCUCAUGGCUCGGCAAGAGGCCGUGGGAAUCUCGCCAAAUCCAUCAUCGAGCGCGACUAUCCGUCCGACACUGAUCGCACGCGAUCAGCGUCUCCGCCUGGCAGCGUGUACAACACAGGGAAAAAGGUUACACCGAACAUGCGCAUUAACACACUUCUCAAUGACGAGGUGCCGGCUUCGUCACCCGCGCCAAAGGGACCCGGCCGCGGCAACUGGGCGCGCAACCGCCUGACAGGCGGCGGGGGAGCUGGCGCAGGCCCUGGCGCACGCAGCUUCAAGAGUCGACUCGAUGCUGGUGCAUCACAAGAUGGCCAGUCACCUUCUACGAGCGCGCCAACGUUCAAUGGCCCACAUGGCUUCUAUCUGCCGCUCAAUGGGUCCGAUCCUAGCCACAAGCGCACACGGCCCCUCACACAGCACCAACUUGCUGUUGAACAGUACCGCCGGCGCCGCGUCGAUGUCAUUCUCGACCGCGGAAUCCGCGUUGAAUACAAGGCUGCUGCGAGGCGGCGGCGAACGACCAACACAUUUAUGCGCGCUUGGAUCCGGUGCAAAGGUAUGGCAGAUGGCUAUGAUACGGACGAAGAGAGUCAUGCGCAGGCCCAGUAUCAGCAAGACAUUGAGGUUGGAACGAAGACGCCGCCACCUAUGCCUGCGGGGCUUGUCCCGAUGGAUUUUGGGGGCGAAGUCAACGAUCAUGGAGAGGAAAGUUACUACAGGGCCAAAAUGUUGAGCCGAGCCCUUCGGCGACUGGAGAGAUGGGAAGAUGGCAGAGUCACCAUGAGGGCAAGACCCAAGGGUGCAGUCAGAAACGGCAUCGGCGAUGUUGGCAGUAGGCCGGUGGCAGAUGACGAGGACGAUGAAGACGACGAUGACAUGCAAGAUGUGGAUGACUUGAGGCGAGAGGAGGAGAGCGAGAGCAGCGAAGAGGAGGAUAUGGAAAGGACAUACGACGCGCACACGUUGCCUCCUUUGCCCAGGAUGCAUUGA